AUGAUGAGAAGAAUGUAUCAUGUCCUCAUGAUAUAAGGUAUUCUUAUUUUCAAUAGUAAUUAGUAAAUUAAUAAAGAAAUGCAUUUAGUUAGAUGUGUUUCUAGAGAUAAUUACAACCAAAAUUUAUAAGACUCAAGCCAUAACUGAUAAGGGUAAUAAAUCAAUUUAUUAUAAAUGGAAAAAUACAAACAAGUUACUUAAAAAGUCUGGCUGAAUAGGAUUUAAGGCAGGUGCUACUCCUAAUCCUGAACCAUGCUUUACAGGAUAUUAUAAAAAUGAUAAUCUAGAAGUUAUAAUUAUUGUCUUAAAUUGUUCUUGAUGAGUUAAAGAUUUAGAGAUGCAGAAGUAUUACUUGUCUCAGCAUUAAAAUGAUAAUAUUAAUUUAUUUAUUAAAUUUAUAUCAAUGAGUGAUAUAUUAGUAAUCACUUAAGAGCUAAUCAACGAUGAUAAUAGGUAAUUUUUAGAAUUAUGUAUUUAGAACCAUCAAUUGCUUCACAGUAAGCGAUCCAAGAAGAAAGAAUAAAUUCAUAUAUCAAUAUUUGUCUGAUUUCUAUUUAUCUUUUACAAUUCUUUUAGAAAAUCUCCAUCUAUGUACUAUGGUGAUUUAAUUAACGUCUGACUCAAGAAAAUUAUUAAUCUAAUUAAUGUAAAGUUUAGCUGAAAGAUUGACAUAAACUUAAAAAUAAAUCUUUUUUGAUAAUUUUGAUGAGGAAGUAUUGUGGGAAUGCGAUUUUUUUUUUUAGGAUACAUUUUCUUAAAGAAAGAGGAAAAUUAAUACAGAUAUUAUCAAUUUUUGUCAAAAUAAAUUUUGGUCUAUGAAAGAUGAAAACGAAGGUUAUAGCAAAUUGAUGGUUGAAGUUUUAGAUUCAUCAAAACGCAUUGAUAUCUAUGAUGAAGAAAAUUAAUAAAGAAUUGAAAAUAUUAUUCAUUUAAUUGGAUAUUUUAAUUUUGAUCCAGAUAGAGUUGUUGAUAUCAUCAUUCUCCAUCUAGUUUAUCAUAAAUAACAUAAUCAAAAGAAUGAUAAUUCAUUUUUCAUAAUCUCAAAGAAUCAAUAUUCAAUAUGA